GGGGUGGUGAGAGGGGGAGCCCACCCUCAGCCCUAUGUCCUUUGGGUUUUAGGAUAGCAGAGGGGUGAAAGCACUCCCUGCCUUGCCCGAACCCAGAAGUGACGUGAGGGGGGUGCUCAUUCCCCUUCCUGCUAAGUCCCGGGGGUGAGGGACGCGGUGGGGUGCCCCCGGAGGGGCCCAGCUUUCCUCGCCAGCACCCCAGGGAGCGGGGUCCGGCUGCCAGCGUGCUUGGCAGCGCGAGCCGGCAGCAGGCUAUAAAUACCUCGGCGGCAGAUAGGAACACAAAGGCCGGCCCCGCUUUCCCCAAAUAGAUCGCAGCACGGCCAGACAAAGGCGCAUUGAUGGGGCGGCCGCGAUGUACCAGCUGGGCUGGGCUCCGGCAGCAGGGAGAAAACCCCGCUCGGGGUGGGGGUCCCGGCCAGACCUGCCCCAAUUUGGAGCAUCACAGCAGCAGGGACCCCCGGCACGUUGUGGGGCUCAAUUCCCCAGCACCAGGCUGUGCUCCGUGGGUGCUGCCCACCCUUGGGUGCCCACCAUCCCAUAGGGAAAGGCAUUAUAGAGGGAUAGGUACCCAAAGGAUGUGAUUUUAUUUUUUUUUGGGGGGGUGCAAGCUGGGUUGCAAGCUUUUCCUUCACUUUUGACACCCACAAAGCAUUUUUGGGGCUGCCAGGAGAUGCUGAGGACAUAGGGGACAUGCCCGGAGCUGCUGUCCCCAAGCUGGCUGUGGCCCAGGCUGCAGCUGGUACGGCUCUCAGGGAGCCGGGGGCAAAAGAGGACAACGGGGCUGUGCAGGGACCGGGAAGCAAGGAGUUACGGAGCUGUGGAUGGGGAGUUGCAGUGUCACGUAGCAACACUUCACGCUCCAGGAGCUCCCCGAGCUUGGACCCAGGGGACCGAGGGGAAGAGCCUGCCCAUAUGGCCGAGCAGCCAGCCCCAGAGCUGGCCCCGUCCACCCAGGUGAUGGCCGUGGAUGGCACCGAAGCCCCUCAGCCCCGGACCGCCCGCCGAGGCUCCAAUCCCACAGCCCCAGCACGGAGCACGGAGGAGGGCAGAGCACCUCAGCUGCUGUCCCGCCGCAGCUCCAUCCUCAGCACCCUCCCGGCACCCCUGGCCAGCCGCCGCAGCUCGCUGGGGGCAGCCCCGGGGGGCAAGCGCCCCUCCAUCGGCCCCUGGAUGCUCCACAGCCGCGUGAGCUUCUCGGGGCUCCCCCUUUUCCAGCCCAUCCCUGAGAUCCGCCUGGAAAACACCUACAGGAUGGGGCCAGACGAAGGCUGCGGGUUCAACGCGGGGCGGGUGCAGCGGGUGCUGGAGAGGGUCCUGGCGGGGGUUCUGGGGGGCACGUCCUACAGCCCCCAGGGCAGCGCCCCGCUGGUGCACAGCCUGGCCGAGCUGCUGCAGGGCCGGGCGAAGGAGGUGGUGCCGCCCCGCUACAAACUGGUGUGCCACGUGCUGCUGGGCCAGCACAGCCAGCAGAGCCUGCUGGUGGCCAGCCGGGCGCUCUGGGACCCCCAAAGUGACAACUUCGCCUCGGCUACCUUCUCCAACGCCUCCCUCUUUGCUGUGGCCACAGUGCACGGGGUCUAUUUUGAGUAGGGGCUGCCUCCCUUCGGACGGUCUGGCAGGGGGAGAGCAGGUGGAAAUAAAAGGAUUUGUGCCA